AUGGUUCAUGAAUAUCAGUUCAAAAACACGGUCUAUCGUAUUGCAUCGCUUUACGAAAAUGACGUUGUGGUUUUACAAGCGAGCUUUCUGCCCGAGCUACGGAAACUUGGGCAAGAUGUUCUAAGCCCUUACAAGAUGACCGAGCAGGUGAGUUCGGGUUACCCUGAUACAACCAAAGCAAUCGCUAAAUCAAAUCAAGCACGCAUGAAUGAUGAAGUCUAUCGCAAGAUGAAGGACUGCGUGGAGCCUAUAAUUCGUCAAAAACAAGAGGCCGAGCAAUCUGACUCGGCGUGGCAAAAGCCAGAUGACAUGUUGCAGUGGAUACUGACGCGCUCUAUAUCCUCGAACGCUAUGGAAACCCUUCAUUAUGUCACGAAACAGCAGCUAUUGCUUACCUUCGCCGCUAUCCACACUAUCACGAUGGUAACUACAAACAUACUCUAUACACUGCCUGCAGCACCGGAAUAUAUGCUCGCGCUACGCGAGGAAAUUAGUAAUGUUCUAGCUGAAAAUGGCGGGGUGCCGACGCCCAAAGCCCUCCAACAGAUGGUCAAGCUAGAUUCAUUUUCCAUUUGCAUUACGCGUCUUAAUCUGCUAAUAUGCGUCCUAGGUGUUUUCGCUCGUAGUGUCCUAAAGCCCAUCAUCCUCUCCAAUAGCCAAAAAAAACCCUCUGGUGGCUCUGUCAAAGUUCCUUCUUUUCAAGUGUUUCCUGGCUGGGAUCUGAAUACUAACGCCGAUGAAUUUAAUGGCUUCCGGUAUUACAAACAGUGGAUCAAUGCGAGUAGACCGGCCGAGCAAGCACGAGCUCGAUUUGUUUCCUCCCAUGAAGAUAGUCUCGCUUGGGGUUAUGGAAAACAUGCUUGUCCUGGGCGUUUCUUUGCUGCUAGUGAAAUCAAGAUGCCACUCAUCAAGUUCAUUACGGACUAUGAUAUCAACAUGCCUGAUGGUCGGAAGGAGAUAUAUGCACAGGUUGGAAUAGGGAAUCUCUGUGCACCAGAUACGACAAAGGAGUUGGUGUCUGGGAGAGUAGUACGUCCUUAA